AUGUCGACAGAAAAUUAUUCCAGAAAACGCCGUCGCGAAACCUUCAACAUCGACGUGAAACAAGUCGAGAUCUACGAAGACCUCGCCAAUGAAAAAGAUGAGGUCCGAUUAAAAGCUGCACAUGAGCUAGUCUCGCGCUUCACGCCAGAGAGCAAGCCCACUGAGGAUCAGGUGCGAAAGGCGCUUCAGAGGCUUUUCCGUGGUCUUUGCAGUGGUCGCAAAGCGGCUCGUAUUGGGUUCUCGAUUGCCUUGACAGAGGUGCUUGCGCAGGUGUUUGCGUCUAAGCAAUCUGCUGAUUUAGUAGAUGUGAACGUUUCUGAGGCAAUCAAGAUUUUUUCGUCUGUGACGGAUCCCUCUGGCGGUGAGCCUGGUCAAGAACGAAAGGAUUACUAUCUUGGUAGACUUUUCGGAGCCGAAGCCAUUAUAAAAUCUCACAUCCUGUUCCAGCCUGGUGUUUCCAUCGAAGAGUGGAACACCGUCGUAGGUAUAAUCAUCGACAUCGGCAACGCCAAGCCCUGGCUACGAGAAGAGUCCGGCUGGGUUCUCUAUCGAGCACUUCACGAACUAGCAACUCAAAAAGCUGACGUCAAAUACUGUGAGAAAAUGAUUGAAAUCAUUAGCUCAAACGGGUUUGUGAAAUCGCCAGAGGGGGUGGCCAUGUGGCUCUUGGUUCAGGACUCGUUUCCUGAUGCGAAGCUGCCGUCAGAUGUUUGGAAAUAUAACAAUGAUCCACUCGACCGCCGUGAUAGACGCACCCUUGCAAAGAUCAUGAAGCAGGUGUCCGAGGCGGAGGAUCAGUCAGCUGCGUUGGGUGUUUGGAAUUCGAGGUUGAAUUUUGCCUGGGAUGCUGUUCUGAGUAAACUUGCAGACUCUAAGCCUGAGGGCAAGAAGGAGAAGAAGGACAAGAAGGGCAAAGAAUCGUCUCGUAUUACGUUUGAGGAGUUCUGGACAGAGGUUGUUGACGACGGUUUGUUUGCUGCUGCUUCCUCCGACGAAAGAAAAUACUGGGGCUUUUUGCUCUUGAUGAAAAUCAUCGACGAAGGCACUCUCCACCGUGCAGAAGCUGUCUUCACCAAGAACGUGGUUAGAUGUCUUAUGAACCAACUCGCCGUUGAAGAUAGAUACCUUCAUCGAAUGGCAGUCAAAGCCGCGAAGACAAUCCAGAAGCGCGUAUCAAAAGAACCGCCUUUUGCUGCAAUCGCAGUGAAAGGUCUUCUCUCUGGGUCGUUGCAAUUUGAUCAAAUCACAAAAACGAAGACUGUCGAGAAGAUUGUUCUCGAAGCCGAUGCAGAGUCCCUACAGAUGAUCAUUGAACGUUUGGAGCGUUUGAUUGCCACUCCGGGCGUUGAGGAAGCUAAGGCGGCUGCGUCAAGUCGUCAAUAUCUCGCAGAUUUGUUCGUAUCGGUUGUCCGAACUCGGAGCUCCGCGGGCGAAGAGUUCACACCUGUCUUGCAGUACAUUCUGUCGAUUCUGGUCCGCUAUGCCUACUUUGGAGGCGAGCAAGGAGAUGCCAAUCCAGCAAUCUCUUUAGCUUCUCAAGAAUUGUUCCGCAACAGGAUCAACAGCUGUCUGAACAGUCUGAUCAGCAACAUCAAAGAUCCGGCCGAAGUCGCAUACACUGUUGUUCGACAGAUUCGCGACCUUCAAAAGUCUGAAGAAUACGGCAAGUUCAUUAUUGAGAUCGAUGGAACCAUUGCCGAGUCUGUUGAUGCGGCUUUCAAGUCUCUCAAGAAGCUUUCGAGCAAGGUCAAGCAAGAUGACAAAGCCAAAGACGCCAGCAUCCAAGCUUUCCGCCUUGUCUAUUCCCUUACUAUCCUGCAAGUCUACAACGGUGACGCAGACGCCGUCUCUAUGCUUGACGAACUCGCAUUCUGCUACUCUAAGUUCUGGAGCGACAAGAAAUCAAAGAAAGAGGAUAGAUCCGACGCAUCCAACGCUUUGGUGGAAAUCUUGUUGAGCUUUGCGUCCAAGCCUUCGAAGCUGUUCCGUCGUAUGAGCGAGCAGGUCUUUGGCGUUUUUGCGGAUCAGAUUACUGCUGAUGGGUUGCAAUCCCUGAUUUCGGUGGUCGAGGUCAAGGAGAACUUGGCUGGUCAGCAGGAAAUGUUUGAUCAACAGGAUGACGAUGAAGACGGAGACGAAGAGAUGGAAGACGCAGAUAGUCUUGAUUCCGACGUAGAAGUCAUUGACGUUGAUGAUGCCGACGAAGACGACAGUGACGAUGAUGAGGACGAUGAUGACGAGGACGAUGAUGAAGAAGACGAAGAAGAACUCGCCGCCUUCGACGCCAAACUCGCCGAAGCCCUCGGCACCCACCACCCUGGUGAUGACGACGAAGACUCCGACGCAGACAUGAACGACGACGAAAUGGAAGCCGUGGACGAAAUGCUCGUCAAGGUCUUCAAAGCACGCCAACAAGCAACCACUAAAAAGAAGGACAAACAAGACGCAAAGGAGACUAUGACCAACUUCAAAAACCGUGUUUUGGAUUUGCUCGAGAUCUAUGUGAAGAAGUGUCAUACGAGCGUUCUGGCAUUGGAUUUGAUUUUGCCGUUGUUAAGGUUGACACGGAAGUCGACUGUAAAGCAGAUUUCGCAGAGGGCGAAUGAGGUUUUGCGUGAAUAUACUCGGCUUUGCAAGGGGAACGCAAUUCCCUCGUUGACCCCGAACGGCGCAGACAGCGACGCGGAGGAGGAAGAAGACACAAUUGAGUCGGUCUGGGACCUCCUCCGCGCCGUCCACAAGGAAGCAAUGAUCUCUGGGCCAGCAGCACACUCUUCCUCGGCCAGUCAAACAAGUAUCUUCCUCGUCAAGGUGCUCGUAGCACAGGACAAGCAAAACAUUUCACAAAUUGUGGAUAUCUAUGCAGAGACGAGAAAGGCGCAGAUGUUGAGUAAUAAGUGUCAUGUGCAGCCGGGAUUCUUUACGGAUUGGAAUAAUUGGUGUGUGAAUGCGGGAAAGAGUAUGAAGAAUUAG